GCCUACAAAUCAUCCGGCCAAAUUAUGAGUUCAUUGUAUUAUGCGAAUGCUUUAUUUUCUAAAUAUCCUGCCGCAAGUUCGGUUUUCGCUACCGGAGCCUUCCCCGAACAAACUUCUUGUGCGUUUGCUUCCAACCCCCAGCGCCCGGGCUAUGGAGCCGGUUCGGGCGCUUCCUUCGCCGCCUCGAUGCAGGGCUUGUACCCCGGCGGGGGGGGCAUGGCAGGCCAGAGCGCAGCCGGCGUCUACGCGGCCGGCUACGGGCUCGAGCCGAGUUCCUUCAACAUGCACUGCGCGCCCUUUGAGCAGAACCUCUCCGGGGUGUGUCCCGGCGACUCUGCCAAGGCGGCGGGCGCCAAGGAGCAGAGGGACUCGGACUUGGCGGCCGAGAGUAACUUCCGGAUCUACCCCUGGAUGCGAAGCUCAGGGACCGACCGCAAGCGAGGACGCCAGACCUACACCCGCUAUCAGACCCUGGAGCUGGAGAAGGAGUUUCACUACAAUCGCUACCUGACGAGGCGGCGGCGCAUCGAGAUCGCGCACGCGCUCUGCCUCACAGAAAGACAGAUCAAGAUCUGGUUCCAGAACCGCCGCAUGAAGUGGAAAAAAGAGAACAAGACCUCGGGCCCCGGGGCCGCCAGCCAGGACAAGGCCGAGGUGGAGGAGGAUGAGGAAGAGUGAGGGACAGAGAAAGGGCAGAGGAAGAGAGAAGAGAAAGGGAGAGAGAGAGAGAGAAGCUCAGCUCUGGGAACUGAACCAGGAAACUCAAGUCAAAUAGGAAAAAAAGCAAAAAACAAAACUAUUUAAAUGGAAAGCAGUUAAAAUUUUUUUAAGGAGAGAAGGUGAAAUUUUGGUUUCUUAACACUGAAAAAAAUACUACCUAUAGGAAAGUCCGUCAGGUGUGUUUUGUACUGUAUGGAAAGGACAUCAUCUACCUGUUCUGUAGCUUUCUGGAAUCUGCCUCCCCCUUUUUUAUGUCGCUAAUUGUAAGGUCUUUGGUAAAAUCUUGUUGUUUUGUAAGGUCCCUCUUUGAUGCUGUCUUUGUGGUCUGUGGGUCUGGACUGUGUGUGGUUCCCUGCCUUCCUGAGCCCCCUGCCUUCCCAAUAGUGGCACUGAAGGGGCCUUAGGGAGCCCCAAGGACCCACCAACUAGCUCAAGUGUCCCCUCUGUGCACCUGGUCUGCCCGCUGCUCCUUGCUCCUGUCAGCCCUGUGAUCCUCUUUCCAGUCUAUGUGUAUCUGAAAG